AUGGAUGAGAUUGAAAUACUGAUAAAACAUCAUUUUCGCCAUAGCAGCACCUCAUCGUUAGAAGAAUUUGGCGAGACAUUCCAUAACAAUGUGUCACCACCUAAUCUACAUCCGCCUGAACUGCGCGGCAACAGCAAAUCUGUCCCGGAUGGUUUGAAGAUAUCUCUCGACAGUCCUGAAGGUCAUAAAGCACCUCCAAUCUCCCCUACCUCCAACGUGUCAUGGUUCGUAGAUGAAUUGCCAGUGAUCGAAGAAGAAGAGCAGGAUAAAAGGCGCGUAUCUGAAGGAGGUAGUUGGUUCUUAGUGGAAAGCUCAAAAACUGUCUUUUUUUUUGAAAUUAUUUAUCCUCAGAAUCACUGUCGAGCAGUCAAAGCAACAGCUCCAAAACAACGCAUCGAAGUUUGGAACCCCAUGCGAGCCAUUUGCCAAUUCCUGAGAGGGGAGACAUCAAACAAAGCCAAAAGAAGCUUGAUGAGAAAAAAAGUCAUAAAAGAGAUUAAUGCUGGGAUAAGACGAUACUUCAAUUUCUUUCGACACUCUUAAAA